AUGCUGAAAUCAUCAGGAGAAGUUGCAGCAAGAGGCACAUGCCGAAACCUUAGUCGCGGGCUACGGAAACAAAAACCCUCGCUCCGCGACUUGCAAAGCUGGUUUGGUGACUGCUCAGCGACCAUUCCUGAGCUGCAGGAGCAAGGUACGAUUAACGAAGGUGACUGUGAAGGUCAAGAAGAGGAUGAUGAUGCUCUGAUUGAAGAUGUUUACUUCGAGCAAGUAUCUGCGGACGAUGGAUUUGUUGGUAUAUCUUCUGAUGUUUUAGAUUCGGAUUCGGGUGUUCAUGGCUGUUGGUCAAAAGGAGAAAAAGAUAAUGCUUUGGUUCAUGACUCUGAUAAGGGUUUGUUUCAUGAGGAAGUAACCAUCUCGCACAAGAGAGGACCGAAAUCUAAAGCUGAAAAAGCGGAGUUGUUGAAAGGGGUGAUCCUGAGGCGAUCACCUGGGCUACAUAGACAUGGUUUCAUUCUUAAUUUGUUGGAGGAUUUGGAACAAGUCCUCCAUUUUAAAGUUACUAAUGCUUUGGUGAGUGAAAUCUUCUACUUCUCAGCUGUAUAUGCUAAAUCAGCAAAGGUGGAGCGUCGCACAUUAUGGCGGCAUAUGGCAACCUUUAGACAGCUUCAUCCGUCAGCUCCUUGGUUGAUUGGCGAUGAUUUUAAUGUCAUUCGUACGCUAGAAGAAUAUUCAGGGACUUUGGUUCAAGACUUGGUAGCUAUAUUGGAGUUCAAUGAAUGUCUUCAAGAAUGUGACUUAGAUGACAUUCAGGCUAUAGGCAAGGAGUUCACAUGGGGCGGCACUCAGCAAACGGGGUGGGUUUGCAAGAAGCUAAAUAGAGUCUUGAUAACACCGGAAUGGCAAGCUUUGUUCCUAGUUUCUUCACUUGAAAAUCUUAAUCGCACCACCUCGGAUCAUUGUCCUAUGCUCCAGUUUGAUGUGCAAGCAUCUAGUAAACCAAAGGAAAGGAGGCUAAGACAAGGAAUUUUUAAGAUUCAAUCUCAAAAUGGUGAAACGUUGACUAAUCCGGUGGACAUUGAGCAAGAAGCUGUAGCCUCUUUUAAGUCUCUCUUGAAUGACAAUGACAUUGAUGCUCUUUGUGAAGCAAUGACGCGCAGAUUGAAGGAUUUGGUUGCCUAUGGUACUCCGGUUGGUUCCUUGCUGGUUUCUCAUCUUGCCUUCACGGAUGAUGUUAUUAUCUUUUCAAGGGGAUUGCAAACAUCAUUGCGCGAGUUGAAUGUUUUCCUCUCAGAUUAUGAAAUAGCUUUGGGUCAAAAAAAAGGAUCUUUUCCUUUUACAUAUCUUGGCUGCAAAUUAUAUCUUGGUAGAAGGAAAGCGGCUACAUAUCAGUUACUACUGGAUACUAUUGAUCGAAGACUGCUUGGAUGGAAGAAUAAAUUGCUUAGUCAAGGUGGUUGUUUGGUGUUGAUCAAGCAUGUCUUAUCCACUAUUCCGGUGCAUGUGUUUUCAGCUCUUCCUCCUCCAAAAUCAAUCCUUCAAGAAAUUGAAAAGAGGUGUCAAAAGUUUCUUUGGAGUGCAAUGGGUGAAGAACCAAGGCACCAUUGGAGGUCGUGGGAGGGAAUCACUUAUCCAACUUCUGAAAAAUGGUUUGGGAAUACGGAAUUUCAAUAA